UGGUGCUUCCCCCUUUUUUUUUUAAAUAUCUUAUAGCUUCUCUGUCAUUCUUCCAAAUCAACAACCCAAUUGUAGAAGCUGUUUGGGGAGAUGGGUGCUAUCCUUCUUUGGUGUUUCUCUUUCUUUUCCUUGAGUCUUUUCCUCACUUCAGGUUCAAGUGUUGCAGAGAAACCUCCUUCAGAAGCAAUCCAGCAAAACAAAUUACUGCACCAUCAAGAAAACAAGAUGCUCUUCUCAUCUUCAGUGUCCACCACACAACUGGAUACGGUUCCCAUUGUCAACCCAACAACUCCAGGCACAACAAACCCAACUCCUAUAGUAUAUCCUCCAUCCCCACCGGCACCGACCACGACAGAGCCGACCAUAACUCCUCCCACCCCACCCACAAUAACUCCGAUGCCCCCGACCACCACAACUCCAACGUCCCCGACCACCACAACUCCAACAUCCCCGACCACCACGACUCCCACAACGUCAGGCGGCUCUUGGUGUAUUGCAAACCCGACAGCUUCAGAAACAGCUUUACAGGUGGCUAUUGACUAUGCUUGUGGCUAUGGAGGUGCGGACUGUUCUGCAAUUCAACCAGGAGCAAGUUGUUACAACCCAAACACCCUGCGUGACCACGCUUCUUAUGCCUUCAAUGACUAUUACCAGAAAAAUCCAGCGCCUACUAGCUGUGUAUUUGGAGGAACUGCACAACUUACCAACACUGACCCAAGUACUGGAAACUGUCACUUUGGAUCAUCCAAGACAACACCCAGCACAACCUCACCGGUUAUCCCAACGCCGACAACAAGCACGAUGACUCCGCCAACAACCAUGAUGACUCCAACAACACCAACCAUGACUAUACCCGGUGGAUCAACAGUAUAUGGUGCAGAACCAACAGGGAGCCCCAACUCAGCCAUCUCAGUCUCCUACUGUCCGCUGAUGCUCUUCACCACAACUGCUCUCUUGGGGGUACUAGCAGCAAAUUAUCUUUAACUGAAGGAAAUCAAGUUCAGUCACUCUCUCCAAGACAAGCUGGCAAUUCACUCAGUCUGCCAGCACACUUCAUGAAUUUCAAAGGAGGCACUUAAAAUCGACAUUGGGAAAUUGUAGCAUCUCAAAGCCUCGUUCUCAGCAUUAAGUUUUUAAGUUACCUAUGUAUACGUGAUAGUGGAGGAAGAAGCACAGGAGAAAACGCAGAAGAGCAAAGAAGUCUAUAGGUUCUAGUACUUGUAAGACUCAUAGUUACUUUCUCUGCAGUGUUAGCAUAAUAAAUUAUUUAGACAAGCCCAUCCAGCUUUAGGACUGCUUUCCAAAUGAAGAGACCUGUACUCGAAAUCAGCUAGGGCAUGAAUUAAUUUAUAGACCUACAAGAGUAAUAAGAAGUAGAUUUUCUUCUAGAAUAUCACACAAUUUUGGUCAGUAUAUUUCCAAUAUCAGAUAUAGUUGGUUUAUUUGGUCAUCUAAUAAAGAUCAUGGUAUUUGAAUAGUUGGUGUUAGAAUAUUAAUUAAAUGAUUAAAUUUAACCUUUCUAUCAGCUUAAGCUUUUAGGAUAAUUGGUGAUUUAACAUAGAAUCAGAACCAGAUGUUAUGAGUUCAAACACUGACUCUACAAUUCACCCCACAUUUCAGUUAUAUAAUCCACAUGUAAUUAAAUGAUUAAAUUCACAUAUUUCUAUUAGCUUAAAACUUUUGCGAUAAAUGAGAAUUUAACAAUUGAGACAGCAUAUAGCCAGCGAUAAGGAUGACUAGGGAUAUAUAUUAGUAAAAGAAAUUACAAUUUCUCUUUCUGAAAAAAUGCAUAUGAAAAAGAAAAUCGUGUAAACUGAAACUACAUUUGGAUUGUUUGAAACUCAUACAAACAUUUGCAUUCAAAUGCUAUCCAGACAAACGAAAAGGAACUAGCUCUAUCAGGUGGUGUCUGCAGGCAACAGACAAAUGUGCAUAGACUUCACCAAUUCAAGCCCUCCAAAUGGCAUUUUGCAUCACAGACAAAAGGUGGUGACAUUAUAUUAUUUAAAACAAAUAAAAGUAGCUCAUGGGCACAUACCAUAUCCUUUCUAGAUAAUUUAUAUGCUUUCAUUUCAUUGUUCAAGCCUACCAGCAGUCCAGUACAAAGUGUACUAAUGAAGUAUUUAACUCAGAAUAUUUUAAUAAUUUCAUAAAAAAAGAAAAGUCAAAGAAAAUAUUAAGUGCUUGUUUGGCAAACUGCUACAAAAUUCUUUUCACAUUUCAAAUGUUGAAAAUUCUUCUCAACCAAAUGAAUUUUCAGACGUGGCCCCCCCUAUUAUUAACACACUUUUCAAAAAAGAAAAAAGUGACGCAUGGCCACCAAGGUUGCCGGAUCACCACUACAGUAACAGUGCCGCCACCACUGUGGUGUAACAAUUUUUUAAUUUUGUUAAGAUUUUUUUUUUUUUUUUAAUAUUUCUUAAUAUUUAAUUUUUACAAAACACUUCCAUUUUACCAAACCAAUUUUCAACUUUUCUCAAAUGAAGCCCCACCAAAUCAAUUCUCGAACUUUUUAUCUUUUUCAAAACCCCAAAUCCAAAAUACUUUUCUAAAUUUAACCAAACGGGUCCAAAGAUCUAAAAGCUUAAUCUGAAGCAUUUGAUGAUCCCAACUUCUUGCACAUAAUUUAUAUGUCAGAAGGGAAGCAAUUUUCCCAACUUCUAGAAGAAAUGGAAGGGCUGAUUCGAUCCAAGCUGCAUAACUAAUCACCUAGGAGAGUAAGAACAAAAUCUUUAUUUAUUUUUUACAAUGGUUUUCUCUACUCUUAAGAAAACCAUAUGUUUUUGUAAACCACUCGAGCGGCUACGAUGAGAAAGAGAAAGGGAAAGGGAGAGAGGAUUAGGGAUUUGUUCGUAGAUAAUAAAUUAAGCUUGAUAUUGUAUUGUGCAAGAAGUAAUCCGGGACAGAGCAACGGGCUUAUGAGAGAGAGCUUAGGAAUUUGUCUAUGGAUAAUAAACGAAGUUUCAUAUAGUAUUGUGCAAGAAGUGAUCUGGGCCAGAAUAAUAUAUAAGAAAACCAAUAAAAAAACUCAGGCAAGACCACACUAGUAAAAAAUACUUCAUCAUUUGAAGAAUGCUACUACACAUUCAGCAUAUUUAUUGUGCUCAUUACAGAUAAAUAUAUCUAAUAAGAGAAAGAAAGUUCCAUUAACUUCGAUUGUUCUGUUAUUCUA